AUGAAGGAGCAAUCAAGGGCUCUUCCAGGUGAAGGACCGGCAGGAGCAAGAAACCCUGUCGGCAUGGCUCAGUCCGAAUUCACAGGGGAACAAUCCAGCUGGAAGUCAACGCAAGAUAUCCGAUGGGACCCCUCCAAGGGGAUGCAGCAGCACUGGGAAGCUCAGUGGCAGGAGUUCCUGAAGACUCUCCAGUCUCCUCACGCAGCAUGGGGAAGCCCGCAGCUGGCAGAGACCACCCUGUGGGAUGAUGCCAAGGCCUUCCUGACCUCCUUUGAGCAAGUGGCAAAGGCGUGCCAGUGGCCCAGGGAAGAGUGGGCGGUUCGGCUCUUGCCGGCACUCAGCGGAGAAGCCCAGCAGGCCUUUAGCAGCCUGGAGGCCAGAGACAGAGAGGAUUAUGGGAAAGUGAAGGCAGCCAUCUUGCGCGGGGAAGCCAACCGCAUGGAAGCCCUGCGGCAGCACUUCCGGCAGUUCCGCUCCCGGGAGGUGGAAGACCCUCGCCGGAUCUACAGCCAGCUACAGGAGCUUUGCUGUCAGUGGCUGAGGCCGGAGAGGCACUCCAAGGAGCAGAUCCUGGAGCUGCUGAUCCUGGAGCAGUUCCUGGCCAUCCUGCCCCCGGAGCUGCAGAGCUGGAUCAGGGCCGGUGGCCCUGAGAACUGCACCCAAGCCGCGGCCCUGGUGGAUGAUUUCCUGCUGAGCCAGCACAAGGCUGAGACUUGGAAAUGGCAGGAGCCUUUGCAGGAGAUGAUCAGGGGAGCCCUGGAGGUGGAAGGGGCUCCCUCAGACUUUGAUCAGAGACGAGUCAAAGAAACCAAGGAGAACAGUUGCAGCGGAGAGACCGGUUUGCUGGGCAGUCGAAUGACAUGUCCUAAUGAUUCUGAGAUCUCUCUUCCUCCCAAAGAGCAGGAUGCUACCAAAGCUGGGCUAAAAGAGGCGCCAGCAACCCUCGAGACAGGCCCGUCUUUGCAUGUGGUUGAGCCAGAUCUGCCGAAGCCCGGCCAAAGGACGAUGUUUUGGCAAGUCAUGCAGGAAGAUGAGGGGAAUGUGGAUGCUUUGGAGGGACUUUUGGUUCCAAAAUCUGACCUCACCUCCCACCUGGAAAAAGACGACGAGAUGUUUGCCCAGUUCCCAAAGGAAAGCGAGAGGCUCCCAGGCCGAAAUCCAGGUGUUGAGAAGAGAAGUCGGAUCAAGAUGGAGGGAUCUCGGCAGGUCGGGGCGGGGCCGGAGGAAACACAGAGGACGGCAGCAGAAAUAUCCCAGUGGAACUUUCCUGUGGUGGCUGAAAUUCAUGUGCCGAGAUGUGUUGAGAAGAGAAGUCAGAUCAAAGUGGAGAACUCUCAGCAGGGGGACCCUGGCCCAGAGGAAAUAUAUGGGACAUUAGCAGAACUAGCUCAGUGGAAUAUUCCUGGGACAUUCGAAAUCCAUAAGGAGAGAUACGAGUCUAACUGGCAACAGGAGAGGCCAGGAGAGAAUGAAGGAAGUCAGUUCACAGAAGGCCUAGCAGAUUUGUUUAGCAACUCCUACCUGGUGGACCCAGCAGGGAAAAGGCCCUUGUUGUCUGGGCAAAAGCACCGCUACAAAUCAGGACUUGUUAUGAUGCAUACCAGUGAGAAUAAUCCCAGUGACGACUCUCCUGCAUUGGGGCAAAACGUCCAGCCAAAACGUGGCCUUGAUCCACAGAGGAUCCACAAGGGCGACAUGCGGUAUGAAUUAGUAGGGGAAAGGGAUCCCUCAUUUGGACACCAGAGCAACCACAUAGGAGAGAGACCUUGCAGCUGCCCCCAGUGUGGGAAAAACUUCAGUUGUAUAAAGUCAUUAAAGAGACACCAAGGAGUUCAUGCCGAAGGGGGAGCAUAUCAAUGUUCUCAGUGUGGGAAAGGCUUCAGAUACAAAGAAACUUUGAAAAAGCACCAGAUCAUUCACACUGGAGAGAAACUGCACGGAUGUCCCGAGUGCGGGAAAAGCUUCACUCUGAGAGGAGCGCUAACGAGGCAUCGGAGGAUUCAUACUGGAGAGAAACCCUUUGAAUGUUCUCAGUGUGGGAAAUGCUUCAGGCAGAGAGAACAUUUAAUGGUCCAUCGGAGAACCCACACAGGAGAGAAACCAUACAUAUGUCCUGAGUGUGGCAGAAAUUUCUCUCGGAGAGAUAAGCUGACUGGGCAUCAGAGAACUCACAGGGGACUGAGACCUUACGGGUGUCCUGACUGUGGGAAGCGGUUUAGUCACAAAAGCACACUGACUAAGCAUCAGAACAUCCACGGGCCACAUUAACAUGGU